AUGACGAACAUCAGCUCUGACGGAGGCGCAGGCGAAGGCUCGUCCCCAGGAGCCUCAGCGUCGGUCCUCGCCCCUUCCGCUAGCGUGGGCGUGAUGGAAAUCGUGGGCGUGCGGGCGGAGGGCGUGGUAGACGACGUGGUGGAGGAGACCAUGAGUCCUGAGAUCCAGUAUAUGGGCCAUAUCGCCUACAACGUCGUGGCGCCCGUGAUCAUCUCCUUCGGGAUUCUGACCAACGUGUUGAAUCUGCUGGUGCUCACCCGCCCGUCGCUCAGGGGACCCACGUUCAGAUACCUGAAGUGGCUAGCUGUGGCCAACCUGCUAGUGUGUGUAGUGUUGCUUCCCUUCACGCUCCACUCACACGCUACUCCGGUACCCUACGCAGCGGCCUUGUAUUUCGCUCAUAUUGAGGUCCCCGUCGGCAACGCCCUCAUCGCCUCCAGCGUCUACAUCGUCGUCGGGCUGAGCAUCGACCGCUUCGUCGCCGUCUGUUACCCUCGCAAAUACCGAAACCUCCACAGCCACUACGUCGCCUCCGUCAGGAUCGCUUUGUCGUUCAUCAUCGCUUUCAUUAUGUACAUUCCCAUGGCGUUCUACAAGGUGGUUGUGCCUGUAGGAGGAGGAGGAGGAGGAGGCGCAGGAGGAGGUGCUGUAGCAGGAGGCGAGGGGCAGCCCUUGAAAUACGUCAUCGAGGAGAAUGCCAAGGUGGUCUCGACGCAGUGGUUCAUGGUCUACGAGUACCUGCUGGAGAUCUGCGUCAGAUUCGCCCCGGCGGUGCUCCUAGCGGUGCUCAACACGUGGAUCAUCAUCGAAUUCAAGCGCAUCAGCCGCCGUCGCCGUCUCCUGAGCCAGGGCAUGAGCUGCGAGGUGUCGGCCAUCCCGUCGCAGUCCUACUACGAGGCCAACAACGCCCCGGCCACGAGCGUCGUCAACGCGUCUCCCACGAGGGGCGCCAAGGAGAGCUCGUCGCCUCCGCCGUUCUCCGGGGGGCCUUCCGUUCCUCCGCUCACGCCCGUCGCUGUUCCUCCUUCGUCCGUCCUUUCUCCUCCUCCUCCUCCUUCUUCCUCCGUUCCUCCUGCAGAAGGCGGCAAGGAGGCGAACCAGGGGAUCGCCUCCUCAGCCUCCCCCUCCAUCCUGAACGGCAGGACCUCCUCCUCGGCCUCGAACGGCUACGCUGAAGGAGGAGGUCGCAUAUCCUUCACGACCGACACCAGGAACUCGUCGGGGAAGUCCUUCGGGAGACAGAAUGGCAAGGAGGAAGACAAGGAGAAGAUCGGCCUCUCCAUGAUCAACGUGUCAGGCCCUCCCCCGCCCGCGCAGCCCCACCACGUCUCGCGGGGCAUGAGCGAGCGCCGCCACGACAUGGAGCGCCGCCUGGUCCUCCUGCUGGUGUCGAUCAUCGUGGCGUUCUUCGUGACCAACAUCCCGGCGGCGGUCCUCUCCCUCACCUUCAGCGACGACAAGAGGAACAACCUCGACUUCCAGAUCUUCCGCGCGAUCGCCAAUAACCUCGAGUUUCUGAACUUCGGUCUGAAUUUCAUCCUGUACUUCCUGUUUAGCAAGGAUAUUCGAAACGCUUUCACGACGCUCAUCAAGAGGGCGAUAGACCGAGUCAAGGAGGGGAUCGAAGGCUCGAGUAGCAAGUAUGCCGCCACCAAUCUAUGAUAACCUGAGAAGGCGG